UAUUUUGUUGUAACAAUUAAAGGACGUUCUUUUUUUUUUAGUAAUGUAAUGCUUAUGUUUCUUGAAACUGGCAAUGCCCAGCUAAAUAACCGUGGAAAUGAAAAAUGAAUUAAAUAAAAGUACGUAGCGAAGGCAAAAGUAAAAAUUUUUAGACAUUCGCUCAAUCUGAACAUUGUGUAAAUAAAUGUAUUACAACUGUAAACCUGAAUUUUACUGUAGUGCAGUCAGUGCAAGUGUUAAAUAAUCACAUGUAUAGUUUAUAUGGAAACCAGAGAAUCUUUAAAUGGCAACUAGCUACAAUUGUUAAUACACAAAUCAACAUAAAUAUAAUAAUUAAAAACAAACACACAACAAAAGCCUUAAUCCAAUAACCGAAGAUACAAAAAAGAUGGCCGUGCAGCUGAAGAACGCGUAUCAUCAUCUACCACUGACCAUAACUCCGAUAUUAUGUCAGCCGCUGUUGACGCCGGCGCCGACGCCACCGAAACCGGAGCCACCAGACUUGACGUUCCAUUGCAUGUGCUGUGCCGAGUACUUUGUGCAUCCUCUGUCCCUGUAUCAGCACAUGAACAGCAAGCAUCCGAAUGAGGCGACACCGCAGCAGCAACAGCAACAACGGGAGGAGGCGGAGAGGCAGCAGGCGGGGGAGGAGGAUGAUAGCACCGAUUACAGCUGGAUAUUUGAGCCAGUUUGUGAACUGGAAGUGGCAGCAGAUGAGACGUCACAAAUGCGCAGUGAUGUGGACAGCGAUUCGGAUGAGGAUGCGGAUGCGGAUCAAGUGGCGGGGGAGGGAAGCGAUGCUGAAAGUGAUAACGAUAAUGAUAGCGAUAGCAGCAGCAGCAGCAGUAGCAGCAACAGCACCACCACCAGCUCCAGCAGCACCACCAGCAGCAGUGGAGGCGGCAACUCUAAUACACAACAGAGCCUGGAGAAUGGCGCCUACAUGGAGGUGUCAUCCACACAUCCCAUGCGUGGUCUAUUACCUGGAACACAACCCAACGAGUAUCAAUUGCAGACUGCUGAUCCACUCGAAUCCACCUCGAUUAUAUUGUUGCAGCCAUCGCUGAGCAUAACCCCAGUGUCAUCUCUACCACCAAUUGCAGCACCACAGACUCAACAAUUUGCCCCACUGCUCAGCCUGGAACCGGCGCCCAUUAAGCGACGUCGUGGCAGACGCAGCAAGGCGAAUGUCGUCUUGGAUCCUCAGAGUGCAGCUUCGGCAGUUGCCCAGUUGAGUGCGAAUGGGCAGAAAUGCUUCCAGUGCACCCACUGUGAGGCAUCGUUUCCCAAUGCCGGUGAUCUGUCCAAGCACGUGCGAUCGCACAUCUCCAAUAAGCCAUUUCAGUGCUCCAUCUGCCAGAAGACCUUCACACACAUUGGCAGCCUCAACACGCACAUCCGGAUCCACAGCGGGGAGAAGCCCUACAAGUGUGAGCUCUGUCCCAAGGCAUUCACCCAGUCCAGCAGCCUGAUGGUUCACAUGCGCUCCCAUGCGGUACGGAAGCCACAUCAGUGCGUGCAGUGCGACAAGGGAUUCAUCAACUACAGUUCCCUGCUGCUGCAUCAGAAGACGCACUCGGCGCCGGUAGAGAGUUUUGUGUGUCCGGAAUGCGAGCGGGAGUUCAAGGCGGAGGCGUUGCUCGAUGAGCACAUGCGGAUGCACACCCAGGAGCUGGUGUAUCAGUGCGCCAUUUGUCGACAGGCAUUCCGGGCCAGCUCGGAGCUGGUGCAGCACAUGAAGUGCCAUAUGGGAGAGAAGCCCUUCACCUGCUCCAUCUGCGAUCGCUCGUUCACCCAGUCGGGCAGCCUCAAUAUCCAUAUGCGGAUUCACACGGGCGAGAAGCCUUUCCAGUGCAAGCUCUGCGACAAGUGCUUCACCCAGGCCUCCAGUCUGAGUGUCCACAUGAAGAUCCAUGCCGGCGAGAAGCCAUUCCCAUGUCACAUCUGUGGCAAGGCCUACAGCCAGCAGGCCUAUCUCAAUAAGCACAUUCAGGCGCAUGCCAUGGACGCGACUCCAGUUCGACAGAUGCCUUCAGUGGUUAGUCCGCCAAAGGAGACGCUCGUCUGCAUUGUCUGCGGUGCACUCCAUGCGGAUGCCACUGCCCUGGCACUCCAUGUGACGCGGGAACACACUGCGCUGCUGGACAACAUGAAGCAGGCAACGCUACCGAUGGCUCCUCUGGCCACUGGCAAAUGCAGCGUCGUGGAGCGUCAGGCACAACAACAAGCGUACAUGCAACGUGUGCAAUCGAUGUUGCAACAAAUGAAUCAACAGCAACAGCAGCUCCCAGCCAUGGACUCUGCCGGCGAGGAUGAAGAGGAGCUCGAUGAGGAUGAACUAGACGAGGAUGAUGAUGAGCAUUUGGAUGAGACAACGGAGCAAAAUGAGUCACAACAAAUGACAAACGAUGAGGGCAUUGAUGAUAAUGUUGAUGCUGAUGAGGAGGAUGAAGAUGAUGAUGAUAUUCAUGAUAUUGAUGAUAUUGAUGACGAUGCUGAUGAUGAUGAGGAUGAUGAUGAACAGCAGCUGAUUACAGAUGCAGAUAUGUACUACGAUAUGCCUGGUGAUUUUGCCGACAUGGAAGUGGGCUGCGAGGAGGAAGUCUGCGCUGAUUUUAUUGAGAACGAUGAUUAUGCUGCCGAGGAGGAAGUCUACACAGAGCAUGUCUAGAAAUUCUCAGCAAAAUAAUAUGGAUUUACUAUUCAAUUCGAAUUUUAAGCAUUGUUUUCUAUAUAUAUUUUUGGCCAUAGUUCUUAUUAUUGCUUAUGAUAUUCAAAGCAUUAUCAUUUUAAAUUCAACACAUUUUGCAAGUUCCCCGCUCAGAGCUCUGAUAUUUGAAGUCUGUAGUAUUUCAGUAUUUCCCGCUACGCUUGCCAUGAUCUUUCCUCUUCCCUCUUGGCAUAUCACACUAUAAAAUUAUAUAUAUAUUUAUUUUUAAGGCUAUCUCAGUCGGAGCUCUGAGUCUUGGACUUGUCCAUUCGAAUGCACCACUCUAAAUGGUAUUAUAAUUUUAGUAUUAAGCUACACACAGUAUGCUGAUAAUUUAUGAAAUGCAACCAGAAUGUCUUAAUUGUGGUUUUACAUUUACAACCUCUCCCAUAAGAAAACAGAAAUUAUCGCAUUUUAUAAAACUGCUCAUUUUAGUGGGAGCCUUGAAGAGAUUACAUUAAUCGUUACCAUAAAAUGAAA